GCAUGGUGUGUGAGAAGGGCAUCCAGAUCCUUCUCACCAUCGUGGGUGCCUUCGCAUCCUUCGGCCUGAUGACGGUGGCGAUCGGCACGGACUACUGGCUGUACUCGCGUGCCACCAUCUGCAACAGUACGGCCAACGUCUCGGCGGAUGACCCGCACAACAAGGACAAGAAGGACCCCGGCGCCCUCACGCACUCGGGCCUCUGGAGGAUCUGCUGCCUGGAAGGAGUGAAAAGGGGAGUGUGCUCGCAGAUCAAUCACUUCCCGGAGGAUGCUGACUUUGACCACGACGGCGCUGAAUAUGUUUUGCGGGUGGUCAGGGCCUCCAACAUCUUCCCUAUCCUCAGUGCCAUCCUGCUGCUCAUGGGGGGUGUGUGUAUAGCUGCUAGUCGCUUCUACAAGAGCAAGAGGAACAUCAUCCUGGGAGCUGGGAUUCUCUUUGUGGCUGCAGGCUUGAGCAACAUCAUCGGCGUGAUCGUGUACAUCUCGGCCGCGUUGGGGGACAUCUCGCCCAAGAAGGACGAGGACAAGAAGUGGCAAUACUCGUACGGCUGGAGCUUCUACUUCGGCGGGCUGUCCUUCAUCCUGGCCGAGAUGGUGGGCGUGCUGGCGGUCAACAUCUACAUCGAGAAGAACAAGGAGCUGCGCUGCCGCUCACGCACCGACAUCUUCAAGAGCACCACGCACGCCAUGCUGCGGCUGCCCAGCUACCGGUUCCGGCGCCGCUCCCGCUCCAGCUCGCGCUCCACCGACCCCUCGCGCUCCCGGGACCCCUCGCCCGUCGGAGCGCCGGGCGGCAAGAACUUCGGCAUGCCCCCCUCCGCCCUCAUGUCCCAGGGCCCCAUGUCCGUGUCCACGCUGCCCAACCCGCACUCACGCUCCCACACCGCCCUGCCCGGCGGCGACAUCUCCCUCUACACCCUGUCGCGCGACCCCAAGAUGGGGGGGCUGGGCGGCCUCGGGGGCCCCCCCCUGUACGGCACGGUGGACCGGGCCACACUCUACCAGCUCCACAACUGCUUCCCCAAGGACGGCGGCGGGGGAGGGGGCAACAUGAUGAUGAGCGGCACCCUGCCCUCCCUCAAGACCGCGGGGGUCCAGAAUUCCUCCAAUUCCAAUGCCCCGCUUUCCAACUCCAUCCCCUCCUCUCAGCCUCCACCAUUCUCUACCUCCACUGUGGAGCGGGAAAGGGGGAUGGGAACGCUGGAUAGGCUCGGAAAGGGGGAUAGGGAGAGCAACUCCAACACCUUGAACAGGAAGACAACACCUGUUUAGAGGCCAGAGCCAAGAGAUAAAGGUAGGAAUGGGUGAUGAUGGAUGGUGGCAACCAGAAAUGGUGGAAUGAGAGCUGGAGAGGGAUGCGCGGGCAUCGGGAUCAGGGAAUAUGGAGGGAGAGAGGGAAAAGGUGGAAUGGAGUGAUUCAUUCCUCCUUUUAUCCUUACAACCAUGCCAUUUCAGAAAAAUGAAAAUGACUAAUAACCAAGUGAUAACAACAACAA